GUUAUGGCCAGCGGUGUGGUGAUGGUGAUGGUAGUGGUGACGGCGACAGCGAUGGCGAUGGCGGUGCAGGGGAGCCGUCACUCGGAUUUCUUCGUGGAGGGCGAGGUGUACUGCGACACGUGCCGUGCCGGGUUCGUGACGAACGUGACGACGGCGAUCCAGGCCGCGCGGGUGCGGCUGGAGUGCCGGCACUACAUGAGCGCGAGCGGGUCGGUGGAGAGAUCGGCGGAGGGGACAACGGACGCGACGGGGCACUACCGCAUGGAGCUGGUGGAGGUGGACAACCGCGGUGCCGAGUUGGUGUGCGCGGUGGCGCUGCUCAGCAGCCCGGUGACCGAAUGCCACGAGAUGGAGGUGGGUCGCGACCGCGCGCCGGUCACCCUCGUUCAGGACGUCGGCCUCGCCACCAUGGUCCGCCGCGCCAAUCCUCUCGGCUUCCUCCAGACUAUCCUCCAGACCCGCCCACUCCCCAUCUGCGGUGACCUUCUCAAGAGCUACGCGCUCGGCACCGCACCAAGCUACUAG